ACGGUUUCUUGGGGUUGAACGACAACACAAAGCAGCAAACGGAGGAUUUUCUUCGCCUAUUUGAUCCUCCGGCAGCCAUUCCUCCUCGAAAUGAGCAACUCCAUUGUCUUUUCGUCACAACUCGAGGCCGUCAUGGAAACAGAGGAGCAGGCAAGGAACCGCUUCCAGUCCGAGCUGGAGUUCAUCCAAUGUUUGGCCAACCCGAACUAUCUCAACUUCCUGGCUCAGAGGGGCUUUCUGAGGGAGAGACCUUUUAUCAACUACCUCAAAUAUUUGCUGUACUGGAAGGAGCCCGACUAUGCCAAGUUUCUCAAGUACCCCCACUGCCUGCACAUGCUGGAGCUCCUGCAGUACGAGCACUUCCGCAAGGAGCUGGUGAACGCGCAGUGCGCCAAGUUCAUCGACGAGCAGCAGCUGCUGCACUGGCAGCACUACUCCAGGAAGCGCACGCGGCUGCAGCAGGCGCUCGCCGAGCAGCAGCCGCCGCAGCAGCAGCAGGCGCCGACGCACGCCAACCCCGCCGCCAAGUGACCGACCAAUCAGUUGUGUGUUCCUCUCCUUGAUCCGCCUGGCUGGGGGAAAAUGUUUGCCUAGAAAAAUCCGGAUACCGUACCUUGAGUCAGACUUUUUUUUUUUUUUUUGCUUUGUAGUAACAAGCCCAAAAUGUGAAUUUUUUUGGGAGGGGACUGAAAUAAAAUGAAGUGGGAAAAGUCACGCACAAAUGCAAAAUGAGAUAACUCGCAAGUUGUAAGCAGCUCCUGUGAGUCACAACUCACACCCAGGCGCUCACACGCAGGCUCACCGGCCGACCGGACUCCGGCUUCUGGUGUCACUCGAUAGUCCAACAUCCAAUGUGUGUACUACACGAUGUACAGUACUUACCAAUUGUAAAAGUUUAUUUCUUUAUCCUGUUUGUAUGCUAUACUGCAUUUUUUUUUUUUAGUAAAAAUAUCACAAAACGUUUUAAUUGCCUUGCAGU